AGAUUCAUCUGAGAUCAGCAGAGGCCAACAGAGGCUAAACCUCAGAUCCCCGGCGUGCCCAUUCAUACCCAUUCAUACCCAUUCCUCUGCAGUAAAGCUCCAACCUUGGGACGCCUGCACGAAUCACCGAUCCACCUUCUCACGCCUCUCCAGUGCCACUUUGGGUCUUGCAUGCCCACUUUCGACAUCACAUUGCUUUGCCCAUUCGUCACUCACUUCCAAACAAAUCCAGGCUUCAACAUCCACUGUCCAUCAUCUGCCACGCUUCCAACUAUACAUCAUUUCCGCAUCUUUGUUGUUCGGCAUUCUGCACCAAACUCCUACCGAAUUUCCUGACUCACUCUCGUUGUGCACAAGCCACAGUCCAACUUCAUCACCUUCGUUACCUACCUAGCUUCGUAUUGCCUCUCAACACUCAGCCUAUCCCUCACCUCGCACUUUUUUCCAUCCACUGUCCGAACCAUCGAGACCAGCCUCAACUCACCAAAACCCAUUCGUGCGCCGACUCUCCACCUUCUAAUCAACAAACCGCACCUGUUAGUUACCACUGCUUCAAAUUCGCGUCUGUAUCCUCUGGCCCAGCCGAGUGUGUCGCCUGCACCGCACCGCACCGAACUGCUGUCUCGAAGAAUCAACAACCAUUUUCACCCCAGCCACACCUCGGUAUUCGAAUCGUUAAUGUCUCCAGCGCGUUCCCCUUCCUUGUCCUGUUCAUUGCGCAGCAUCCCAUAAGAAACUGCCUUGGUUCGACCUACCGUCGAUACGGUAGGCUUGGGGCGCAGUAUGGGAUUUUGGCCCUUUGGAGGAGGCAGGAAAAGCCGCCGCGUCAGUCAAGCCGAGGACCAAGGUCGCCACACAUUACUCGAGAAAGACUCAGCCGAACCUUCGAUGAGGAUGAAGGGCAACAGAUCCCAAGAUUUCGGAUCCAUUGGGCGCGCAAAUAGUCAACAAGUCCAUGUUGAGAAACCCCGACGUCUCUCUAAACAGCGAUAUCCCAGUCAACAGGGCGCUGUAUCUCGCUCAUUUACGUCACCUGUCACUGGUCUCGGUGGUGAGAAUAGCUCCACAAGAAGAGGCUCAGCAUACGAGCCUGGAAGCAUCCGUGGCUCCGACAUCUAUUCUCAGAAUCCCAUGUCACAAUCUAGCAUCGGACCUGAGGAAUUCACUGCGCUUCCCCCAGCUCCAACACUACUUCUGAAGCCAAAGAAUCAAGACCCGACCCUCCACAGAAGGAAGUCAAGUAAGAGAAAGGCAGAGGACUAUGCGCGGGAAAGAGAAGUACGAGCCAUGAGCUCGCCAAUUGACGUCCCCGGCAUCAAGCGACCAGUUACAUAUUCGGGCUCGGGUCCACUCCGUCGCGACACCAAGCAGGUUCCCGGUGGCUUGAACAGGCGACUCCAACGACCAGCUUCUGAGGUUUCGCUACCAUUACCUGAGAACAUUCAGGAAUCAGACGACUAUUCUAGUUAUGCUUCUUUCAAGAUUGGGAUACUGGCUGCCUUAAGCCCUCGGCCGACUCUGACCUACGUCAGCAACGCUCGGUCUGCAGCCAGUAAACAGCCGUCAAGGAUCAAGCCUUCCAUCCAGCAAGCCAUUGAAGAAGAACCUGUCACAUCGCGAAAAAGGAUCGACGACCUAGCCGAUGAGCUCGAUGCUGGAGGCCUCCGAGAGCUCAUGGACCGAGAUCGGCGGCGGCAUGAGCGAAAGAAAGCAGCUGACAGAGAUCGGUUACACAGGAAGCUGCAGCGAAAGGCUGACAGGCAAAGGGAGGAAGAAAACCGUGGCAGACAUGUAUAUGGUGCUGGUGGCUAUCCAUUUGGACUUGGGCUUGACGAGAUGGAGACCCGUGGCCGCCAUUCUUCGCCGCCCCCUCCCACAGAGUCAUCAACUACAGCAAACCAACAGCAGCCUCCAGACUCCCAUUCCCCCAAGAGAGAUCCUUUCGCUGACCAGGAGGCAUCUCGACCUCGUCCUUUCCUGGGAAUUCGAAACCCGUUCGAGGAUGAGAAAGAUGUCGACCUGGUCCAGGAUCCAUUCGCGAGAAUGGAGGAGGAGGAGGAGACGGAAGGGCCCCCUGUACCAGUCAAGUCUCCACUUCGCACUGUGUCGCCUGUUGAGUCGAGAAACUCAAAGCAACCCUCACGGGCGCUCACUAUAUCACCGCCUAUUUCGCCUGUCCAUCGUCCAGCGGAUGGCCGCAGUUUUUCCCAGACAUCAGCGCUAGGCCGUGAGCCGACGCUCGACAGCUCGGAGCAUCAAUCCGAUCGACGACCUUCAGACCAGAGCAGUCAAAAGGUUAGCGCCUGGACCAACUUCUUCAGACGAGGAACACAGCGGAAUUUCACUGUCCUAGAUCAUGGGCGGAGGACUCCUUCGGAAUUUUCUAACACUUCGAGGGAAUCCUUUGUUCGAAAUAAGCAAGCACCUCCUGUGGUUAUACCUCGAACUUUUCGUAAGGCUGACGCAAGUCAUGUUCCCCAACGGACAAUGUCCAAGUUUCGGGAAGACCUGCCUGAACUUCCCAUGUCGCCACCCGAUUCUCGAGUCCAGUCUCCCGAAGCUAUGGUGACGUCUGAGUCACUGGCUGGAAGGACGGUCGGACGAGCGCCAAGCCACUCCAUCUCGGGGACCUUGGAUGGGAGAAGCGUCGCGACAAGUUCGAGUAACCCGGCUCUGGAUCGUGGGCACCUUGAAUCUCGAUCUGCUCAAGCGACGGAUCUUGAUAUGAGCAGUCUCGCGCCCUCCGGCAUGGUAAUGUCGCAGUCUCUGGCGUCAGUGGACUCUGAGGGAUCUUGGUUAUCAGGCAAGCCGGUGAAGAGAUCUUCCGCCGCCAUGAGCCAUCUCCGUCACAGCCAAUCGUCCAUCCCGCCCCAGUCCAUAGCAGGAGCUUUUGACAUGGACGAAGACGGACUGGAAGAUGACGACUACUACGACCGCUUGACGCCGGGUCCCACUGGGCGGAGAGAUUCGUUGAUAUCGUCAGGACGGAAAGCUAGCAGCACCAUCAUUGACCUAGAACGCGAACGCCAACAUAGUCCAGUGCCCGGCAUACCAUCUCUCCCUAGAGAGGCGAGCGAACCUCCCACGGAAGCUUGGCAUCAAGGACUUGCGAGACAGGCCACUAUUGUUAAGCAGCCGAAUCGGGCCAAGUCGACCGAAGGGCUUCUCAAAGAAUUUGGAAGUGAGACGCCAAGAGAAAGUCGCGUGGUUCAUUCGGGUUAUGACGAGGGUGAAGGAGUAUCCCCAGAAGGAGAGAGCCCGGCGGUGGAGGUGCAAUCCACACCUAUCCUCCGAGCUCGAAGUGUCGAGGUCAAAGGUCAUGGUAGACACAUCAGCGCUGGUAGCGCCCGUCUGCUUGACAUUCGACGAUCAUCGGUACAGCUGGAAGGCGGUACACCGCGUACUCCAACUACUCCUCAGUUGCCUGCCGACAUUGAUGAACUGAAACGACCCGCAACGUCGCCCGUCAAGGGCUCUUGAUCGAUUGGAUACCAAAUCAUCAACACCAUCUUUAACGUCUUUCCUUUGUUUUAUUGGCGCAAUGCGCAAAUUGAGGGCCUGAGGGCGAAAAUCCAGAUUGGCCACGAUUGCAUGAUCUCAUGAAGUUCAAGAUACCCUUACAUUACACUCUUUCGUGCCACGGUUUUGGAGAAGAUGUUUUGGGCAACGGGAAGACUUGGAUGGAUGCGAAGUAUGUAUAUUGAAGCGAUUGAAUUGGGAGAAGCGAGCGUAACAUAGAGGCGAGACUUGCAAAUAGGAUGGAACCAACCCUACCACAGAGACAGUCAACUAACCAGAAAGUCGGUGCAUGGGCAGACAGUUGAGGCCAAUCAGUCUCAUACCUGCAACACGGCACCUGAUGUACUAUAAUAAGAGGAGGGAAACACCAUAUCUACCCAGCUCGAAGCUGGAAAAUUGCGGAUGCAGGAUCAUGUACAAGUACAAGUACCUAUGGAACAUGUCAGGCAAAUGCUUUGAAGACGAAAACAUACCUGUUAAUGAUAAUACAGUAGUAAGGAGAGAUGGG